GUUAUACAAUGUGGGUGUGUCAUAUGAUCACCUAAACAAAUACCUAGUCUCUAACAUGUUAAUCAAUCCCAGAGCAUAUAGGCUAGAGAUCAGAUGCCCGUUAGGCGUUCUGCCAUCGGAUCCGAUUUGAUUAUUCUGCCCUUGGAAAACGGAGAAUACUUUUUCUCGCUGUUUCUCACUGUAUUGGGCUGUCACUGGGAUUCACAUUCAGCGCUCAUCAUCACGUAUGUAGGCAGCUGUACUAUACGCAGAUUGAUUGUGGGAAAUCCAGGAUUAGUUACAGUGUGCAUCAGCAUCAAACACACCCGAUGUGGAUGAAAUGAACCGUCGAUACGGCCUCUAAAGCAGCAGCAUGAUCCAUGGCCUGGCUGUGUGUGUGAGUGUCAGUGAGGACCGACAGUGUUGCAGCCCAGGCCAGAGGCAGCAGAUUGAAUGCCACUGAAGUCUCAAGGCUGUGAGCCCUGUGGAGUGUGGUUAUGACCAGCCAGGGCAGCAACAGUAGCAGGAAGGACGGCCAUGCUGCAGACAGUACCCCCUCUUUCUCCACGCCCCCCCGCCCGCCCCCCGGCCCCAAGCUGCAGGUGCAGCGCUCCCUCUCCCGGGACACCAUCACCAUCCACUUCUCCGCCCUGGGACAAGAGGAGGACGAGGACGAGGAGCUGUAUGGGUUUGGGGCGUCUGUGUCAUCGUCCUCCGCAGGAGAGGAGUCAGAAGGGCUGGGUGUGAUGGGGGGGAGGACUGAGGACCAGGGCAUCGUGACGACCUUGGAAGCCAGCGAGGAGCUACUGUUUGAGGCUGGAGGGAUUGGGACCACCACUACCAUUGCUGUGUCCUCUACCACUCUACCCCACAGCCCAGCCCUGCCCAUCCUCCCCUCCUCCACGCACACCCCUCUCCAGUCCCCCCCCGCUUGCUCCUCCUGGCCCUCUGAUCACACAAGACCCAUGAUCCCUCCCACCUCCUCCUCCACCACCUCCUCCCCGUCUCGCCCUGCCCUGCCCUCCAAGCCUUUCCUCAGCCUCAGGUCCCUGUCCAAUGAAAUGAUGGUUGCCCCUCCUUCUUCUGCCGGACGCCACCGCCACCACCUGAUGAAGACAUUCGCCAAGUCUCUCUCCACGGACAACACCAGGCCAGACCACCAGGAGGCGCCCUCACCACCAUCUCUCUCCCAGCAGCGCCCACCUCCAGACUCCCGCGUCAACAACCUGCAGCUCUUCAAGCAGUUGGGCCAGCCGAUGGGCUCCACCACGUUAGGGGGGGGUGACUCCAAGACGGCCCCCUCCUCACCCCUCAACUCCCCGGCCGACGGGAGGUGUUUCUUCAAGGUGCAAGAGAUGGAGGCCAGGAUCGAGGAUACUAGGAGGCGUUUGUCGGAGGUCAUGUGUGAGCCAAUGCAGCUGUUCAGUAAGUUCAUGGGCGACGAGGCUGGAGGCGGGGCCGAGGGAGGGGGUACAGGAGGGGGUGCCUCCGCUACCCACCGCUCCCUCUCCCUCAGCGCCACGGAGCUCACAAACCUGGCAGGCCUCAAUGGGCAUGCAGAAAGCAACAACAGCUACAGCAUCAAAGAGGAGGGGGGCAACUCUGAAGGAGAGGAAGAGGAAGAGGAGACCCCUACUGGUGAAGCCUCAGCAGACUCUGUCUUCUCCUCUCCUCCAGCCAAGUCCUCCAGGACCUCCCGGGUCUCCUCCCCUCCUCCUCUCCCCAGGUCCUCCUCCCUCGCCCUGGGUCACUGCUCCAUGUCGGCCCUAGUCCGCCUGGAGGACGAGGAGUUUUGUGAGCUCUACAGUGGAGACUUUGAGUUCUGUACUGACACUGAGACACCGGAUGGGGAGCGGCCCGGGUCCCUGCAGAUCCAAACGGGAAGCACGGGCGUCUGCAGUGAAGCCGAGUCCGACGAAGAGGAGGAAGACUUACCAAACGUGCCCAUCACUGGCCUCCUCUUCUUCACGUGUCUAGUCUACAGUUACCUGGUAUUCCCCCUGCCACCCUAUUUGUGUGCGGUGGUGCAGGGGGUGGCAGCAGGGUUCAUGCUGGCUAUACUGGUGGUGUGGCUGUCGGCUCCGGAGGUCUCCAGCUGCAGUGGGACCAGGCAGGGCAGACGAAGGGGGGAGCAGUGGAACGUGGCCCAGCUGGAUAUCAAAGAACCUGGAAUCUUUAAGGGCUGGAUGAACCAGAUGUCCAGCUAUGACCUAGAAAUGUACCAUGCCACUCUGACCCACUCUGUGUAUGUACGUCUGGAGGGCUCCACCCUGCGCCUGUCCAAACCCAACCGCAACAUCGCCCGGCGGGCCACGCACAACGAGCCCAAACCUGACGUCACCUACAUCAGCCAGAAGAUCUACGACCUCACCGACAGCAAGAUCCACCUGGUGCCCCAGAGCCUGGCCAGGAAGCGCGUGUGGAACAAGAAGUACCCCAUCUGUAUCGAGCUGGCCAAGCAGGAGGACUUCAUGUCCAAGGUCCAGGCCCAGGGAGAGAGGCGCGAACCUGGGGAAGAGAAGCCGGCCGGUGUGGGGGAGAAGGGGGAGAAGCUGGAGGGUCCAGGUGGAGCUGGGGGUGGAGAGGAGCCCAGGAAACGCCCAGGGGAGCGGGAUCUGACCCUGUUCCUGUUUGGGAGGACGGGUCGGGAGAAAGAAGAAUGGUUCAGGAGGAUUUUGGUGGCAUCCAGACUUAAGUCUGAGGCUAAUAAAACGUCCAACUGGCCUCACAGACUGGAGGCAGAGAGCAGGAGUAGCAGCCGUGGCAGCCUCAUGGACGAGCCCAGUCAGAAGGACCCUUCCCUGGCCGGAGGGGUCAGGCAGAAGAUGCUGCUGGACUACAACGUCUACAUGGCCAAGUACGUCACCACCCUGCCCCCGCUAGACAGCCCCCCGGCCAGCAGCCCCUCCCACAGCCCAGAGGGCAGCCCUGGAGCCACCAAGAAGUUACCCAGCAGCCCGUGCGAGCGGCCGAGGCGAGGGGCGGUGCCAGAGGCGUGGGUGAACGCCUUGAUAGGCCGGGUGUUCUGGGACUUCCUGGGGGAGAAGUACUGGGCUGACAUGGUCUCCAAAAAGAUCCAGAUGAAGCUCAGUAAGAUCAGGCUGCCAUACUUUAUGAAUGAGCUGACUCUGACAGCGCUGGACAUGGGCUUCUCCAUUCCCAAGAUCCUCCAUGCCUCCAAGCCCUCUGUGGACCACCAAGGUUGGACACUCUCUCUCUGUCUCCCUGCUUUCUCUUCUCCCUCUAUCUUUUCUCCUCUCCCUCCUCCUAUCAUCUCCUCUCCCCCCCCUUUCUGCCUGUUGUUUCAGUCUCCACAUGCCUCUAUUAACCAGAGUAAUUCACAUUUUGCCUCACUCUUCCAUGCAGAACUGGUUUAACUCAGCGAUAUUUGUGGGUUUUCAAACAUGAACUGUUUGUUUCAAGUCCUGCCACAUCUCGAUUGGGAUUAGGUCUGGACUUUGACUAGGCCAUUCCAAAACUUCAAAUGUGUGGCUUUUUAGCCAUUUUCAUGUAGACUUGAUUGUGUGUUUUGGAUCAUUGUCAUGCUGCAUGACCCAGCUGCGCUUCAGCUUCAGCUCACAGACGGAUGGCCUGACAUUCUCAUGUAGAAUUCUCUGAUACAGAGAAGAAUUCAUGGUACCAUCCCAGUACCACCACCAUGCUCAACCGUUGGCAUAAGGUUCUUACUGUGGAAUGCAGUGUUUGAUUUUUGCCAGGCACAAUGGGACCCAUGUCGUCCAAAAUGUUAUACGUUUGACUCAUCUAGCCAUAAAACAAAAAUAAAAACAUUUUUUAAAUUUUUUUAAAGGAUCAUCCAGGUGCUUUUUGACAAACGUAAGUCAACUUUGUGGAUGAGAUGGGUCCCAUUAUGUCUUGGUAUUGGGUGUUGCAUAACUUUGUUUAUGAAAUAAAUCAAUUAAGUAAUUGUUUUGUUAUUUGUUCACUCAGGUUCCCUUUAUCUAAUAUUAGGUUUGGUUGAAGAUCUGAUAACAUUCAGUAUGAAAAAUAUGCAAAAGUAGAGAAAGUUAGAAAGGGGGCAGAUACUUUUUCACAACACUGUAUAUGUUAUUGAUUAGGAUCUAAAAGGCCAAACUAGAUCAGCACUCCAACUGAGAAUGUGAAUACAGCCCGAGGCACAUUCAUUCCUGCAUUGAUAUGUCUGACUUUGGGACGGGAUGAGGGGGAGAAGUGGGAGGCUAGUGAGUGGGAGGUCAUAUUGAUCCAGUCAUUUAACUAUAUUCUGAUGUAGGGGAUACAGUUGCGAGUGUGUGGGUUAAGUCUGUUUUUCAUGUUUUACCUGAAAAACCUUUCAUUGCUAAGCUUGAAUGUCUCACUGUCUCGCUUUAACGGGCCACUUCUCCUUAAAGGCCCAGUGCAGUCAAAAUGCAGUUUUUCCUUGGUUUUGUGUCAUAUUGUACAACAGCUGAUGAAACUAACACUUUAAUGGAGUUUUGGCUUACCUGGUGACAUCAACAGGCGGUAUACGUUUUAAUAGACCAAAAACAAAGAGAGUUCUAAACCUCUCUGACAAUACCAGCUAGUUUUCAGUUUUCCCCAUUCAGACCACUCCCAGACUGUCCUAUUCAAAUUAUUGCUUUUUUUGCCAAAAAGCAUUUUGUUUGGGGACCAUUUUAAUUCAAAACAAUCACAGUAGGGUACUUAAUUGUUACCCAGAAAUUAUUUGAUAUUGAGAUUAAAAAAAGGCUGCAUUAGGCCUUUAAAGCUACAGUCUGGGAUUUGGGAAGCUUUCCAUAUUCAAUUCAAGGUUAAGGGUUAAACUCCUACGGCUCUACUGCAGCGUUUCCCAAACUCGUUCCUGGGGACCACAAGGGGUGCAGCGUUUCCCAAACUCGUUCCUGGGGACCACAAGGGGUGCAGCGUUUCCCAAACUCGUUCCUGGGGACCACAAGGGGUGCAGCGUUUC